AUGAGAAUAAUUAUAGUGUGGAGGCGUUCGGAUGGCAACGACGAUGGGUUUCCGGGCGGUGGUAAUCCGCGGUUGCGAGCGUCGGCGACGAAUGACAACUGGCAAACGUCAACGGCUACAUUGUCAAAAAAUGUCACCGCCCCUUUUCAUCACUCUCUCCGCAUUGGAACCAAUGAGGACUACGUUAUCAAGAACGGGCCCACACAGCACGCCAUCGGAAGUUCGUGUCUCGUUCAUGCUGUAAAAGACUAUAGAAGUCUUUCCCGAAGGCCUGGCAUUAAACGUUACAAAGUGACGAUAAACGGACCCUGUUCCAUUGCUAGACAUCACAAAGUUGUGCACGUUUUGUCCAAUCUCUAG